AUGACUAGGGGGGGGGGGGUCCGAGGAUGCAGGCAACCUUUUGUUGAAGAAGGAGAAAUUGUUUUUGUGUCGCGGCCUGGUAGCGUGCCUUCGGCUCCUGAGAGUCUGGAAGAGGCUCAACACGCCCUGUGUGCUCGGGUUUGCCGUCGGGGACGUGGUAGCCUUCUCCGGUCCGUCGCGACAAGUGGUCUUUGCGUGGGCUCAACAUCCGAACAGUCUAACCCUGCGCAAGAGAGCGGCAGGCCUGGGCUAGCUCAAGACGGGACGAGAUGCGAAGAGAGCAGGCAGCUUGCAUGCGAGGCGGACGCAAAGCGAAAGGGAGCCGCAAGCGGUGCAAGGCUCAAUGUUUUGAGGCGACCUGUUGCGGGUAUCGAUGUCCAAGUGCUCGGAUCUCGGAAUAGUUCACCAGGCCCUUGCGGAGAGCAGGCAUGCGAGAGCAAGCGAGCAAGAAAAAGGUGGACUGUGAGUGGUGUGAUCGGAUUUGGCACUAGCGCCAUGUCACACGACGAGCGCUUGACAGUCGUCGCACCUGCGCCUCUGUCGAUGACCUAA